GCCAGCCGGGCUGCAGGUGCCGCCCCCGACACACGGUGUCCCGCCCAAACUGAUUCGUGUCUGCCGUCGGCCGGUGCGUGCGUGCACCUCGUCGGUCCGCGUGUGUCUGGCCGAGCUCCCCCUUCCUCUGCGGCCAUGACUCCGCCGCCUCCCCAGCCACCGCCCCCGGGCUCGAACCCCGCCUCAGACUCCGCCACCGACCCCCGCCCAGGACCUGGACCCCUAGUCGUACUGUUCGGAGCCACGGCCGGUGCGAUGGGGCCGGACCUGGGCUCCGACGAGACCGACUUAAUCCUCCUAGUCUGGCAAGUGGUGGAGCCGAGGAGCCGUCAGGUGGGGACGUUGCACAAGUCAUUGGUUCGCGCUGAGGCGGCCGCACUGAGUCCGCAGUGCCGCGAGGCGAGCGGCCUGAGCGCCGACAGCUUGGCGCGGGCCGAACCGCUGGACAAGGUGCUGCAGCAGUUCUCACAGCUGGUGAGCGGGGAUGUGGCUCUGCUGGGCGGGGGCCCCUACAUGCUAUGCACUGAUGGGCAGCAGCUGCUGCGACAGGUCCUGCACCCUGAGGCCUCCAGGAAGAACCUGGUGCUCCCCGACACCUUCUUCUCCUUCUACGACCUCCGCAGAGAAUUCCAUGUGCAGCACCCAAGUGCCUGCCCUGCCAGGGAGCUCACCGUGGCCACCAUGGCACAGGACCUGGGGCUGGAGACAGAUGCCACAGAGGAUGACUUUGGGGUCUGGGAAGUGAAGACAAUGGUAGCUGUCAUCCUCCACCUGCUCGAAGGGCCCAGUGGUCAAUUGUUUUCGAAGGCAGAGGUGGUAAAGCAGAAAUAUGAGACAGGUCCUUGCUCUGAUUCUGUGCCCUGCCCCCACAGCAGCAAGGCCGAUGUGGUGGACAGUGAGACUGUAGUUCGGGCCCGUGGGCUGCCCUGGCAGUCAUCAGACCAGGACGUGGCUCGAUUCUUCAAAGGACUCAACAUUGCCAGGGGUGGUGUAGCACUCUGCCUCAACGCCCAGGGCCGCAGAAAUGGCGAGGCUCUCAUCCGGUUUGUGGACAGCGAGCAGCGGGACCUAGCGCUGCAGAGACACAAGCACCACAUGGGUGUCCGCUAUAUUGAGGUAUAUAAAGCAACAGGAGAAGAGUUUGUCAAGAUUGCAGGGGGCACAUCACUAGAGGUGGCUCGUUUCCUGUCACGGGAAGACCAAGUGAUUCUGCGGCUACGGGGACUGCCCUUCUCAGCUGGGCCGGCAGAUGUGCUAGGCUUUCUGGGGCCAGAGUGCCCAGUGACUGGGGGUGCUGAUGGGCUGCUCUUUGUGCGCCACCCUGACGGCCGGCCCACUGGUGAUGCCUUUGCCCUCUUUGCCUGUGAGGAGCUGGCACAGGCUGCGCUGCGCAGGCACAAGGGCAUACUGGGUAAGCGAUACAUUGAACUCUUCCGGAGCACUGCGGCCGAGGUGCAGCAGGUCCUCAACCGCUAUGCAUCCAGCCCACUCCUUCCUACACUCACUGCUCCACUGCUGCCCAUCCCCUUUCCACUGGCAGCUGGGACUGGGAGAGAUUGUGUACGCCUUCGAGGCCUGCCCUACACAGCCACCAUUGAAGACAUCCUUAGCUUUCUGGGGGACGCAGCUGCUGACAUCCGGCCCCACGGUGUGCACAUGGUGCUCAAUCAGCAGGGCCGGCCGUCAGGUGAUGCUUUCAUCCAGAUGACAUCAGCAGAGCGGGCUUUAGCUGCUGCUCAGCGUUGCCAUAAGAAAGUGAUGAAGGAACGCUACGUGGAAGUGGUCCCCUGCUCCACAGAGGAGAUGAGCCGUGUGCUGAUGGGAGGCACCUUGGGUCGUAGUGGCUUGUCCCCUCCACCCUGCAAGCUGCCCUGCCUCUCACCACCCACCUACGCCACCUUCCAGGCCACCCCAACACUCAUUCCCACUGAGACGGCAGCUCUAUAUCCCUCUUCAGCACUGCUCCCGGCUGCUAGGGUGCCUGCUGCCCCCACCCCUGUUGCCUACUACCCAGGGCCAGCCACUCAACUCUACAUGAACUACACAGCUUACUACCCCAGCCCCCCAGUUUCCCCCACCACUGUGGGCUACCUCACCACACCCCCUGCUGCCCUGGCCUCUGCUUCCACCUCAGUGUUGUCCCAGCCAGGAGCCCUGGUCCGUAUGCAGGGUGUCCCAUAUACCACUGGUAUGAAGGAUCUGCUCAGCAUCUUCCAGGCCUAUCAGUUAGCCCCUGAUGACUACACCAGUUUGAUGCCUGUUGGUGACCCGCCUCGCACUGUGCUACAGGCCCCCAAAGAGUGGGUGUGUUUGUAGGUGAGGGAGCCAGGAGGUAAGAGCUGGCUGAUGUCUAACAUGACUCUCUUGCAUCCAGAAAACCAGCACUCUCAACCAGGUGGCUUCUUUCUGGCUUGUCCAAGCUCUCAGAAAGCACCUAGAGGAGCUCAAGCCCUAGCUCCACCUCCCACUUAUUGCCCUGCCUGUUCACCCCAAAGAUGAUGGCUGGACCCUGCAUGCAGGACUGGGGGUGGAAUUGUGUUACCCUGCUCCCAACGGCCUGAUCUGGGCCUCCUGAGUAGCACCGAGAGCCUUUGGUCAGCUUUGGCCAUGGCCCAUACCCUCAGAUUCUGUGGGGCUGGUGUCCACAGCAGGCUUGUUUUCUUUUUAAAAAUGUAAGCCCUGGUGUCUUCAACGUAUGACUCCUGGGAACUUCUGAGUAAAGAUCCCAAUGUUCUACCUUCCCCUAUCCCUCCUAGUAGGGGGCAGGGAGGCAGAGAGUGCUGGCCCCAGCUCCCACGAUACUUGGACCUCAAUGGCCACGUUGUGCCAGGUGGUCCCAUCUAAGGGACCUCCAGCUUGGCACAAGCUUUGUGGCAAAAUCACAAGCUGUUUUGAUGGACUAUACUGCAAUAUCUCCAGAGGACACUAGGGGGCAGGAGGCCCUCACAAAAACUCAGGCUCAAAUUUUAAAGGGGACUUUCUGCCUACUUUUUAUGCACACCUUGGGCAGGCCAGUUGUCCUGAACUCAGCAGACACCGUGGAAUGUCCUUUGCACCCAUUAGAGGGUACAGAACUGAAGCUUCGGAAGGAAUUUGGAACUCUACUCACUCCUCCGUAAAAUAAACAAAGGUUCUAACCAAGUGGACUUUUUAAAAGCCAAAGUCUCCUUAACUUUGGACCCCAGAGUGAGGGGCUCCACACCUGCCCCAGGCAGAGGAAAACUCAGGCAGAUUUCAAGGACACCGUUGACCGAUCACCAUUUAUUAUUUCAGCACUGUAACUGAGGAACCUGAAUUGCUGGCUCUUCUCUGUUAUUUGUGUAAGGAGCACUAUACUCCUACAAAAGGUUUUAAAAUACAAAAUAUGUAAGAAAACAAUCCCAAGUGCUGUAAACACAACUGAGAUCCAGUUCCUUAACUGAACAUUGCCCAUUUUAUAAAAUAUAAGGUUUCAAACUUUAGCUCACCUGAGCCUUAAAGAUGACCAUCUGUUCAGAGUAUUAAAAACAGGGCUUCAUAGGCAGACCCAGCAGAGCUCUAGUGAUAGUGGUUAGCCCUGGGCAGGGUAGGUUGCCCUUCAGACAGUAACACCACAUGUGCACCUGAAGACAAGACCUCUGUUCCCUUUCAAGCUGUUUUCAGCCAUGUUUCUGUGUGUAUCUCUAGUAAGCAGAAGACUGCUUAACCCAUGCCUCAAUUCAAGAUCUAGCACAGGCUGGAAGGGGUAGGAGUGGGUACUAGGACACGCCCAGUUGCUAAACGUUGCUACUGAAGUCAACUUGCAUAGUUCAGUGGAUGUGUGCUUUAACACCACUUAUGUUGCACAAAGGAUUAAAGUCUUUACCUCCAAAGCCAAAAAAUAUUGACUCGUAAGCCAAAGAUUUUACAAAAUGAUACAAGACUGCUCAUAUAGUAUAUAAAGCUCUAUUUUAAAAUUUAACUUUUAUUUUAAAUAGGAAAGCAUUUCUAGUGCUACAGGCAUCAAGGUAUUUAAAAGGCAUCAAAAUUUGGUGCAUAGCAACUCUGGAUCAUAGAGGCUUUUAUUCUUGAGGGCAGCAGAGCAACCCCCAAAGGGUCUUGUAAGGGGAACUCUUACAAGAACCUCCUGUGAGGCAGCUACCCCAGGGGCAAGAGGGCGGAGGCAAGUCUGACCAGCUGUCUGAAACUUCCAGUCAGGGGCCGCCUCCCACAACCCCUCCAAACCAAAGGAAGCUGUGGGCUUCCAACUACAGGCCCUGAAGCAAAUCUCACUAUCCACACUCUGAUAUAAAACUUACUUUAAAAAGAAAAUCUAAAAACACCCAGCUCCAGGAGGGACCAGAGUGAUUUGCUGAAGGACAGACAUUUUUCUCUAACUAGUUUUAAGGAAAAAAUAUAAAUCAUCAUGGUUUAAAGAAAAAGAAAAAAAAAAACAACCCAUACUUCAUCCUGUAGGAGGUCAACAGCUCCUACCCGGCUGACUAGAGGUGGUGGGCAACGAACUGGCUCCCGCUGCCUAGGCCCCACUUGGCUUCAAUAGAGAGUCCUGGCAUCCAGAACUCCUAAUCCCCAGGAGUAACAACAUCAAGCCCUUUGACCAGCUCAGCACACUGUCACACAUAAUAGGCACUCAAAAAAUUUGCUUCCUGAAUAAAUGAAAUUACAUGAUUUCGUUUGAAAACAUACUGCAAGCUUCAGGGGCUUUGAAAUGGGCCCGGCCUUAGAACAGGUACCUAAUCCCAUUAAAGGGAGGGAUAAAGGGGGGUUUGGAAAAAGCACCCAACUCGGGCACCUCCUUUGGUAGACAGCAGGCUGGAGUUUCUUGCUGGCCCCGGCCUUGGGCACCAGCCUCACCAGCAGCAGCACCAGGGUAUCUUUGGUGUGGAGGGUCAGGUCUGUGAUGCUACUGCAUGUUUGGGUUUGCCCCAAAGCCUUUGGGGGAAAAGGCUGGUUUUAGGCCACGUAGACGGGACACGGUAGGCCAGAAUCAUUUUAGACUGUAAACAGUGAGGGAUAAGCUUUCCAUGCCACUGUGAAUCUUAAAAGCUUCCCAUCUGGAGUCCUGCAUUUUCUCUACUGUUCUAAAGCAUAGCUCAUUUGUGCUUAGCUUCUGACACAGCAUGGCCUCUAGAAAUUAGUUAGAACCAGCAAAUUUGCCUAAACCAUCAUGAGACUGUGGCUUCAAAGGUUACAGAGCAGCCAAAUGAGGAUACUCCCAUGUGGAAAAGGUCUGGGACCAGAGGGCACAAAAGGGAAAAGCAGUCCACAGCCUACUUGUUUGCAGGAUGGCAAGAUAUUAAAGCUACAAAGCUAAAACAACCCACCUUUCAAAGUCACCUUAUGCGUAGCUAUCUUACCCAAGGCCCAGGGCAAAAAAGCAAUUUCAACAUGGAGUCAGUAUGGAGAGAUUGCAGAAAGAUCACCUAGAAAGUUACAAAAGGCUAUGCUCUGGAAUGUCAUUUAAUAUUCCAACACUUCAAUGAUUGGAAUGGUCUCCUCUUACUUUAACAGUUUACUUUUAUAAAGAGGUAUGAGCUACAUUUGGCUUUAUUUCCUAUAAAUCUAUGAAAGGCUUUAGGACAUGCUGUUUCUGAGGCAUAGGUGUGGGCUUGGGAGAAUUUUUUUUUUUUCUAUUAUGUUUGCCUCCGGAAGGUUUUAUCAAAAGUUCCUACUUUAAAAAUAAUCAUCAAAGCUAAAGAGUCCUUCAAAUGACCAUAAAGGAGUACAAAUCACCAAUCAUAGCUAAGCAACCAGGUCACUUGCAAAAGCAGCACCUCUGAAAUGCGAGAGCCUGCUGCAUUCACACUCAAAAGCACCCAUCAUAUAAAAGUAUCCUAUUUAAAUAUAAAAAGCAAAGCUCAUUUCCCCAAAGCUCAGUCUAUGCUGCUCUUGUUCUUUCACAAUCUACCCAAGGCCUGAGGUGGAGGAAUGCUGAUUUCCCCACAUGUAGUGAUCCCAACUCCUGGCGCCAGUCCUGAAGGCCACAGAGUUGGAAACCCAAGGUCCAAGGAGAGAAACAUGCUGAGAAGUACAUGGUGGUAGACACAUGGCUGCAGGGAGCACUGUCAGAGCCCAUCGGAUCUUCCCAAAUCCAGGGAAUCGGGACCAGGGAGGGGAGCCUGCCUGCUCGCCCCUGUUCCUUGGGAAACAGAAAUCUGGGACAUGUCUCUCCCAAUUAUCUCGUUCACUGAAAAACAAGAAAAGGGAGAGUGAUUAGUGACCUCUGUGUGACUGACCAUAUGAUGCUUAAUGGCGAGUUCCACUUCAAAGACAUUUUUUCCCUCUCCAUGGUUUUCUAUAAAGGUAAAUGCAGUGCUUUAAAGCCUGCUCCUGGAUGGAAUGAAGACCUCCUUCCAGAAGCUGUUCCAGACACCUCUUUCCCUUUCAGUUCAGUUUGGGUUGGGAAGGGAGAUGGCUCAGAGAAUAGGAAACAUUUUUACCCUCCCUCUAAAAGCUUAUGCUCUAGAGCAAAGGAUAGGAUAUAUCUGAAAUGUGUUAACAUUCACCUAACUUUUCCUUAAUUUACAUCUCUACAGGAGGGUUUUCCCUUUCUGAUUCCUGCAGUGUACCCUGUAUGAAAAGUGAAUGAAAAUAAAUACUUUGGUGAGAAUAAGAGAUUUGCGAGUUAUUUUGUUAUGCUAAUAAACCAUUCUUUACUAUA